AUGUCAAAGGAAGGAACAUACGAAAAAUUUGAUACUAUUGACACAGCGAAACUUGGGAUACAUACCCUUUCUGAAAUCGCAGGAUUAUAUAUCCCGAUAGUUACUAAAGAUGCUGAAAGUGCGAUGAACAAGAUAUUGAAUUAUAAAGAUGAUUAUGAAGAGUUUUUACGGGAAGAAAAAAGUUACAAAGCUUUUCAUAAAUUUAAAAAUUUGCUGAUAAAAAUUAAAGAUUUUGUAGUUGAAGUUUCAAAACUUAAAGGUGUUAGAAAAUUUUUGGAUGCUAAUAGUGUUAAAAGCACAUAUGAUAAGUUAACAAAUGAGUUUGAGACGUGCAUGAAGGAUCUGCAUUUCAAGGUGAUGAUAGUUAAUAAAGUACAAAGAAGAAAAGAUAAUAAAAAAGUCGAGGAUGAUUUAGAAAAAAUGAAUAAAUAUUUUGAAAUAAUUUAUGAAAGGAUAGAUGUAAAUAAUCAAGAUAUUCAAUUUAUAAAAAAUUUAAUGACUAAGAACUUCGGAGAUGAUGUACAAUCCCUGAGAAUUGAUCCAUCUGAAUUAACCGACAAAUGCCAUUAUGAGCAUCGUGGCAAAAUUAUCAAAAAAUACUUCAAGGAAGCAUGUGAAGUUGCUUCAUGGCAACCUAACCCAUAUAAUCGAAUAGUUUUUAGUAAUUUAUUCAUAAAACUGGAUGAUCUAUCAAAAAAAUAUUCCAUCACAUCUGGUGAUCCUGGAUUGUUGGCCAAUAACACUUUGGAUUUGGAUGGAACUAAAGAAAACAAAAAGAAAAGAUCAAGAAUGCCUCUAGAUUCUGAUGAGCCUUUAAUUGAUAUUGGCAAAUCAAUAAAAAUAAAGCCAAUAAUUAUGGCAGCCGACAACGAGCAUGCUAAGGCUAGUUAUUAUUUGAGAAAAAUUUAUUUGAAUGGUGAGUGUGGUGUUAAGAAAGAUAAGCAAUCUGGGUUGAAAUAUUUGAGAUCUGUGGCAUUAAGUGAUAAUAAGGAUGCAAUUGAUUUGUUGAAUAAAAUUAAUGAAAAAAUUGUUAAUUAUGCGUUAUGUAAAAAAGAAUUUGCUGAAAAUAGAAUUAGAGAACUCGAAGAACAACAUAAAGAAGAUCUUAAUUCAAGAGAUUUUACAGAAUUCGAACUCAAAAAUCAGAUCAUAGCGGUAGUAUAA